AAAGAAUUCAAACUGUAAAUCUCCCUCCCGACCAAAGAAGGCGCUUGGUAAGGUGGAUCGUAUGCUUCCUCCUAGAUGGACUGCCUUGACGGUAGGCAGAAACCGGAAGGUGACCAUAUUAGGGGGAGCGCGUAGUUGCAUGUACCUGGAAGGAUUCCAUUGCAAUCAGCUGCGGGGCGAGCCCCUAGUGGAGAAACCAUGGCAACGGGUUGCUUGCAGGGAUGAGGUUCUGGGUACAAAAGGGGAAGCAGCUACGUUAGUACGCCCUUGCGCUGAUGACGAUAUUCAGCCGGAGCCUGUGUGUUUGUUAUUGUUUUUUGUGUCGUUAUCAGAGGAGGAGUGAGAGUCGGGAGCUGCAGCCGCGGAGCCAGCAUUCGACCCGGAGCACGUCCCUCACAGCACAACACAGCACAGCACCAGCACUCACCACGACCCCGGAAGAAAGAGCACAGUUUCGUGCACGGAGGAUUGUGGUUCAGGAGUGUCAUUCUUUUAUUAUUAUUAUUUAUUGCAAUUAUUGACAUUAAAAACACAGACGUUUUUGGGAGAACUCUGGUCUGGACAUUGCCUUUAUUAUCACCACUCACAUCCUGUUCACAAGUGGUGUCAGAAACGGGAUUUUACAAUGGACCCUGCAGCACUGAACACCAUGAUGGAGGCUCAGGCACGGAGGCAUGAAGAGACCUUGGCAGCGGUGAUGGAGAGGAUGAAUGCCAUGUUCCUCGCGGCCAACCAGAGGAGGGAACCGGUGGCCGAACCAGCAGUAGCGCCUCCGAAACCUAAAGUGGUGAAGAUGUCGCUGGAGGAUGAUCCCGAGGCCUAUUUAACAUCCUUUGAAAGGCAGGCGACAGCAGCCCUAUGGCCUCGGGAGUGGUGGGCUACCCAGCUGGGACCCAAUCUGAUCGGGGAAGCCCAGGCAGCCUACCACGCUUUAACCCAUGAACAAGCCAUGGAUUAUGAUGUGGUAAAGAAAGCCAUCCUUCAGCGACUGGACAUCACGGAGGAGACGCACCGCCGCCGGUUCCGGGAGUACCAACGCCCCGAAGGAGUCCGACCCCGAGUAAUGGCCCAGCAGUUGGUGGACCAGGUGACCCGGUGGCUCUGCCCUGGUGAACGCACAGCAGAGGAGGUGGCUGAGAUUGUCACCAUUGAACAAUUUAUACAGUUGCUGGGGCCAGAAGCCAGUAAUUGGGUCAGCCGGCACCGGCCCACCACGCUGGACGCCGCAGUCAGGUUGGCUGAGGGGUACGAGGACUCUAUGCCCACACCGCUGCCCACCCCGAUACAUCCCACGCCGACCUUCAUCAGACCCAGGAUGGCGGGCCCAAGGCCUGGGCCCCUUCACCCACACACACCCUUCACGUCUGGACCAGCACCCUCACGUUCCCCAACGGGUGGCCUCGCUCCACAACACUGGAGGCCGAGGUCAACCCCCAGCUGGGGUAGAACAGGGGCCCCCUCCCCGCUGUCAGGUCGGCAGCGGGACAAUCAGGCUCCGUGGGCGCCUCUCCCUCUGGAAUGUUACCGGUGCCAUGGGGUCGGCCACCUUGCCCGGAAUUGCCCCUCAGCAAUGGAGUGUGGUGCGGCUUCGCAUUAUUUGGUACCGGCGACAGAGGAGGAGUGAGAGUCGGGAGCUGCAGCCGCGGAGCCAGCAUUCGACCCGGAGCACGUCCCUCACAGCACAACACAGCACAGCACCAGCACUCACCACGACCCCGGAAGAAAGAGCACAGUUUCGUGCACGGAGGAUUGUGGUUCAGGAGUGUCAUUCUUUUAUUAUUAUUAUUUAUUGCAAUUAUUGACAUUAAAAACACAGACGUUUUUGGGAGAACUCUGGUCUGGACAUUGCCUUUAUUAUCACCACUCAC